CCGGGGGCGCGCGGCUGGACCCUGCCGGCCCCGGGCGGGCAAAGGGGUUGAGAAACCCCGAGCUCAGGGCCCAGUGGCAGCGGCAGCAAUGCCGAAGCGAUGCUGCCCCUUUGGGGACGCGACCCCGCUGCAACUCAAGGUCAGGGUCGGCCCGAAGGAGCUGAGCCGAGGCGUCUUCGGAGAGCGGUAUACGCGGGAGAUCUUUGAGAAGACGAAGCAGCUCUUGUUCAGGGGAGCCCAAGCCUACAUGGACCACAUGUGGGAUGAGGGCUGUGCUAUGGACCCUCUUCCAGAAACCACAAAACACGAGCAUGAAGCCCCAAGGGCAGUGUGCACUCUCAGCGGGCAGAUGCUGAUUGGACAAGAUGGGAAACUGCUCAGGAGGUGCUCCCAGGCCCGGGAUGAUACAGAUUCAUCAGAGGGCAUAUCCAAAGCCUGCUCAUCCUGUGUGAGAACUGUCCGUGGGAAAGAGGCCUGUAGCCAGUGUGACCGCUUCCUGUGUCAGAGCUGCAUCAGAAUCUGCUAUGGCUGCAAUGCUGCAGUCUGUUCGCUGUGUGCUGUUGUUAAUUACAGUGACUUUGGUGAGAAAGCACUCUGCAGUGGCUGCUCCAUGUUUGAAGCCUGAUGUUCACUUGGAAGGGACUACCUCUCCUGGCUGGGAGGCCUCACACCUUGGCCAUCUCCAUUUGCACAGCUAAUACUAGUGUGUAAAUGGAAGAACUACAGGAUUUUGUGGCUUGUAUGUUUAUAUUUUGUACUCUAAAUAGAAUAAGUAACAGAAAUGAAUAAAACCUUUUU